ACACCAGACCCAAGAUGGUGACAAUGCUGUUGGUCCUGGCCACCCUGGCAGGCCUCUUCACUGCAGCCAAGGGACAAAGUUACCGUAUUGGGAAAUGCCCGUCUCCUCCAGUGCAAGAGAAAUUUUCCUUGAGAAAGUAUCUUGGAAGAUGGUACGAAAUUGAGAAGAUCCCAGAUAUCUUUGAGAAAGGAAUCUGCAAUCAAGUCCACUACAUACUGCUGGGGAAUGGAGACAUCAAAGUGUUAAACAACGAAAUUGGACCUGAUGGAACCGAGAACCAAGUUGUGAGGAAAGCCAUAUCGAACAACCUCUUAGAGCCAGCCAAGAUGAAAGUCAAGCUUUUUGAGUUUAUACCAUCUUCACCGUACUGGAUCCUGAGCACCGAUUAUGAGAACUAUGCCCUUGUGUACUCCUGCACCUCUGUCGUCCGGCUCUUCCAUGUGGAUUAUGUUUGGAUCCUGGGAAGAACCCGGUUUCUCUCUCCAAAUACAAUAGCCUACCUAAAAUAUAUCCUUAUGUCUAAUGAUAUCGACAUCAAACAAAUGACGGCCAUAAACCAAGUGAACUGCCCCAACUUCCUGUAAAGGGGGUGGGGGGCAGCCUCUCCAGGUUACUUCUAUGCUUUGCAUUACCUGGCUCCACCCCCCAACUCCUUAUAAAGACAAACCAAGCAACUGUGUCAAGAACCAAAGGGGACGUCGUUUGGCUAUAGAAGCCAAUGGAGGGGACUCGGAAAGUUGGCCCAAACCCAGCCAGACCCCACACUGUCACCCUGCUUAGCCCAAUAAUAAAU